CAUUUUGUUUUGGUUCAAACUUAAUGCAAGAGGCCAAAGCGGCAAUUCCAAAUUUCCUGCUGCGGAUUCCCCUGAAUUAUGUUCGACGAUUGAGUGUUCCUCCAGGUUUCAUCUGGUUGUUUUUGGAGCUCAGAUAUUGAGUUUAUUAUGCAUGACCAAGACAGGCACUAGACCCCAAUGUGACAGAGAGAGUGCGUCGAGCUUAUCGAUCACAUGCAGCUUGUAAUGGAAAAGUAAUCAAACCGGUCAAAACGUCAGCGGCACUGAAGUGGCAGUUACAUUAUACAUGUAUCAAGUCUUGCAAAGCAACAGAGAAAUCGUUAACAACAGCAGAUCGUUACAAUCAAAAAAUUUGCAUAGAAUCUUCCCAAAAAAAUUAUCAGCCCGACAAUGGCAGCUGACAAAACCAAAGAAGUGCUCAACCGAAAGCGGAGGAGUCUCUCCCUGCUGUUGACACAGAAGGACGAAAUGCCUUUCUCGCCGAUUUUCGCCAAGAUGGGUGGAGCUUCGCCCAUGACAUCGUUAGCAAUGAACAUGGGUGAAUUAACCUGUGUGGGUAACACUCCCAAAAGGCGACUGUCUUUGUCCAGCACAGGAGAUACACCGGUCAGUUCACGGGCCUCCUCACAGAGCUCUGAUGCUGUCGUAUUCUAUUUGGACUCGCCUGCUGAUGAAGAGGAUUCCCCAUUCCUUGAUCAAGGCCCCAGCGCAUUCCGGCGUGUCAACUCCCAACCCAGUCCUCGGGUCACCACGAAACCACCGGUAUUCUCGUUAUCCAAAGAGCUCAAAGAUGACCAGGGAGGACCUUGUUGCCAGACAACUGAGCCAGAGGGUGCCGAUUCGCGGCGGAACCGAUCGGAGACGAUAAUGUGGGAGGCGUGCAAUGACAAGGAAAAUGUGGACAUCCAGAAUAAAAUCUCUACCUUUCAAGCUGGCAGGCCACGUCAGAUUUCCUUCAUCGAGUCAGGCACGACAGACAAGGCAGGGAAAGCGAGACCAAUAUCUGCCCCUGCAACCCUGCUUGACCAGUCCUCGAGACCACAGACCAUUGUGGUGAAUUCUCCCGUCAAGCUCCAGCACAGCCGUCUGACCAGCAGCAACGAUGAAGACGGAGAAGAUGGCUUCACAGACAUCUUCAGUGGCGACUCCAAUCAACCCACCGAAUCUGGUAUUUCGGACGGUCUGUGCUCCCUGAUGAACGCCCCCCUCCUUGUCACCUCGCCCCCGACCCCAACCACCACGACUACCUGCUCAGAGCCACCCAGCGCCCUCCGGGACCUAGACUGCAACACCCUGGCGGACACCCCGGGCCCCAAGUGUCGCCGGGGUAUCUUCAAGGUUCCCAGCCAGCCGGUGCUGCGGCGUGGGGCUUUCCUGAAGAGACCCGACAGACCGCGGGACACGCCCAGCCCCGUGCAGAGCAAGCGAUACCGAAGCUGCUCCAUUGCCAACACCUCGGAUGUCGACAAGGAAACGAUGCACAUGCAGACAAAUAAAUCUCCAAGGGCGCGGCCGCUUAGCCGGUCCCACUCCAUGGAUGACAGUACAGAGUACCAUGCAAGAAUCGCCAUGGCGCUGAUGCCCAAUGUGGACUACACAAAGCUUACCGGCGAUCUCAAAAAGCCGUACACCCUGCCUCUGUGCAAAGGCAAACACCAGGAUUUGCAGAGCAUCACGCCAGAGACGCUGUGCCAAAUCUUGAGGUCAGAGGUCAGCGAGGUCAAGGAGCACUACAUCUUGGAUUGCCGCUACCCUUAUGAAUACAAUGGCGGUCACAUUAGGGGUGCCCAAAACCUGUAUACCAAAGAGCUCGUGAGUCAGUUUUUCCUGGAGAAUCCCAUGGAACCGCGGGACGGUCGGGUUAUCAUCUUCCACUGCGAGUUCUCCUCCAAGCGGGGGCCGGACCUGCUGCGCUUCCUACGUAACAAGGAUCGGGAAGCCAACUGUGACCGGUACCCUGACCUCUACUACCCGGAGCUGUAUAUCCUGCUUGGAGGGUACAAAGCGUUUUAUGAAAACGACAAGACACUGUGUGAGCCUGAGUCCUACACGCCCAUGGACCACGAGGGCUACAGGAAGGAAUGCCUGCACUUCAAGGCCAAGUCCAAGUCCUGGGCCGGGGAGCGCAGUCGGCUGGGUCACCGUAAAGCCUCCGUCAGCUGAUGAACCUUUGCUGUAAAACUGAAGAAUGCAACGGAGUCAAAUUGUAAAAAAAAAAAUCAAAUGUUAAUACUCAAAAUGCAGGGACGAACUCAGAGGGGACGUUGUAUCUAUUUGCAUACCGGGACGCAAUGUGUUGCCUACAAAAGGACACCCGCUGGCAACAUUAACUGAUGUAUUGGUUUGAGUGUUGCAACCCAUUUUUUUACAAUAGACCAUUAUCAUGUUGCAGCCAUCUUGAUUUUUUCCAUUCAAAUCAACGUAACCAAAGGGAGGCCGGAAGGAAAAGUAGUCUGGUUCCUUUUUGCACAAAAAAUAUCAUUCAGUACUGUUAUUGGACACAGGGAACAUGCCUGAAAUGGUGGCAGCAUGAUAAAUGUCUAUUGUCUAUGUGGCUGAAUCUGGGCACCUGAUCACAGUCUACUCAAGAUGCCCCCCUUCAAUGGAGUAACCAUUGUGUACUCUAUUGUAGAAAGCAACUGCCCCAUGAUGGAUUAUCUGAACAAUAGCUAGCACAAUGCAUUCGCCAUUGUAGGGAGCCUCCGAGACAUGAAUCUUGUGUAUCUUAAAUUAUUGUCUCUUUUUCAAAUUCUUGUCAAUAUCACACCAGAAAGGUUCUUUUUUUUUAGGGGAAGGGUCCUUUUAAAGAUAAGUUUUUAAAAAAAUCUACUGAACAUGGCAUCGACUAAUUAACUUUUUGGAUGCAUCCUUUGUCUUGAAAUCAUAACUUAUUUUACGCGCAGACAAAUGCAAAAUUUUGGGGAAUAUAAUGAAAUGUAGAAACCCUUUAUCUCAUCAAGCCAGAUUUUAAUCCCAUGAAAAGACGAUUACAUAUAAUGCAAUAUCAAUAAUACUACAAUAUAUUUAUAACUGUACAGUUGACGAAAUGGAACAAAACUUACAAAAAAAAUAUAUUAUGUUGCAACAAGUACUACAUUUGAACUUUUAUUAAUGGAUAAGCUUUUCACUCUGGGGAAAAUGUUCCCUUUCAGUGCUGGCUAUAAAACUGAAAUUAGUGUGCAUUAAAGAGAAAGACGUCAAAUUUACUCUGCGAAAAACAGAAGUUAAAUUUAACACAAUUUGUAUUACUUAUUUUGAAAAUUAUGACGUGACAAUUGUCUGUGUGUGGUGAGUGUUUAGCAUAGUAUCAAUAUCUCCAAUCAGGUUUAAACAUUUUUUUGACUUUUUUGGUUUUUAAGUUAAACAUCUUUUUCUUGUGGUUAAAAGUGAAACAGUAUCACACAGAAUGUAGCAAAUCUUGAGUUUUUAUGGAUUGCAGUUUUCAAACUGACAGAAACAUAGAGAAAGUAAACUGAAUCCCAAGAAAAAAAAAGGCCUCGACAAUUGUUGAAGACUUUUUUUGUAUCAAAAUGAGGCUUCAAAUUAUGCUGUAUCAAGAACCUAGCGAUAAACUUAGUAAAAAUAUAACAACAAUCAGUGAUGCCUACCAUUUUACUAAACGUCGCAAGUGUUUUGUUCCUUUUUCAUUUAGGUUUUCGUUUAGUUUAUCGUAUAAAACAGUUUAUUGUAAAGGUAGGCAAAGGCCAGGGUGUAGUCGUGUUGUUUUUGGGGGUUUUUUUGGCCCCAGUAUUUCAUUAUAAAAUAAAGAUAUAUAUUGAAUGUAA